UGAACUUACUACCGUCUUCUCUCAUAUACCUCAUAGAAAUAACGUACAGUAAACGCUUUGAUAGUAAAAUUUGUAUGAAAAUCAACCCGAAAACUACUCGGGUUAACAGUGUAAUAUCAUAUCACGGUAGUGAAUAAAUGCAUUAUUAACAAACGUUCAGUUGUAUGUUCUCCAGGAGUAUAUAGAGAGAGAUUCUCGUGAAACCGUUCUUAUUCUGACAAUACGUUACUGGAAUAUAACAACAUAACAGAAUUAUGCAUCGCUGGUGUUUAACGUUGUUUCUGGUAUGUUUGGCGGUACAUAGUGACGUCCGAGCUGCAUGGAAAUAUUCAAAGAAGUCUCGCAAAUCAAAUGUUAAAUUCCAAAACGAUGCGGCCAGCUAUGGCCCAAACGUAUGUGCGAUACAAGAAGUUUACCGAACUGGAGAGAAGUUCUAUCCAGAUUGCGUGAAGAAACGAUUGAAGAAAGUCUGCGGGAAACCGACGUUUCUACGUUAUGAAUGUUGUUGUGGCUACGGUGUUGUGGACGGGGAGGACGGGUGUCCAGAAUUGCAACCUGUAAAAAAUAUAAGAGAGACCAUGAACGUGCUUGGCCUUACACAAUUCCCCAAACUUCUGACCAAUACAGAAUUGGAGUACAAGCUUAAAGAGGAAGGAGCAUACACAGUUUUUGUGCCAGUCGAUGAGGCUUUUAAUAAAUUGACACAGGAUCAGAAACAGCGCGUGUUUCCAUGGACGUAUAAUGCUUUGUCUCUUUUACAUUAUCACGUUGUGCCUGGUUGGCACCACUCGGACCACAUGCAAAAGUCAGAGUUUCUGCCAACAUUGUACUACGGAUUGAAGCCUAUUUGGGCUAACAGAAUUUCUAAAAAGAAUGUUCAUACUGUAAAUUGUGCCCGGAUAAUUCGUAGCAAUGUAUUAGCAUCGAAUGGAGUUAUACACCUUAUAGACCAAAUGCUUCAGGUUUACGAUAUGUUUGGCAACAUGACAGAUGUGAUGUUUAGAGACAGUGCCCAGUUCUCACAAUUCAUUCAGGUCCUCUAUACAUCAGAGAUAUUUACACUCCUCAGGGAAGGCGGACCAUUCACGCUUUUCGCACCAAGCAAUUACGCCUUUUCAAGAUUACCCCCCUUAGUUUUAGAACGUGUGCUUCGGGAACAAGUCACUGCAGAAGCAAUAGUUCGCCAUCACACGGCCCCUGGUAUAUACUGCAGUUCAGCCAUCAUAGAUAAAGGUAGUGUCCGAAUGCUGGACGGGACGCGGAUGAAAUUUCAGUGUAAACAGAAUGGACAUUAUAUUGACAAUUCAAAAAUUGUUAAGUCUGACAUCAUUUCUGGAAAUGGUGUCAUUCAUAUCAUAAAUAAAAUACAACUUCCUCCUCAAAUACAGACAAUGGAAGGUGUAGCUAGACAGUUGAGACUUACCAAAUUCCUACAGCUAAGUUAUGAUGCUGGUCUCCUCGACAAGCUACAAGGAUCAACUGAAAUGACAAUUUUUGCUCCGUCUGACGAUGCUUUUAGUGAUUUACCGAAGGAACGAAAACAGGACCUAUUCAAUGAUCCAGCAAUAUUUGAAUCCAUAUUUGAUUAUCUUUCAUCCAUCGGUAAAAUAAAGACAGAUAAUUUUGUUGGGGACCACGGGAUCAUCAUGAACUCUGGAAACAUUAUGAAAAUAUCUAUACAUAGAGACGGUAUCUUAAUGGACGAUGCCUCAAUUACGUCACCAAAUAACGAAUGCAGUAAUGGGAUAAUCCAUGUAAUUGACAAAGUGCUAAGUCCGCCAGUAACUAACAUCUUUGAUAUCAUAAAUUAUGCUGAAGACUUAAGCAUUUUCAGGAAAGGUUUAGAAUACGGGGAACUGACAGAUUUAUUGCAGGACUCUGAUGCAAGUUUUACUGUGUUUGCACCAGUUGAUCAAGCUUUCAAUAAGUUACCAGUAUGGCAGUUUGAUGCAAUAUUUGACAAGAAACAUACAGUAAAAAUGUUGAUUCAACAUCAUAUAUUGCCAAGGAUUUUGAUAAACAGAGCAGUGACACCUGAAUCUAUGCUUACAAUCAACACGUUACAGAAUGAACCUAUAGUAUUCAAACGCGGUAAAAAUGAUGAUUACUUCAUAAACACAUAUUCAGAUAUUCAGGGACCGCCAAUUGUAGCAAAUAAUGGAGUUUUGUAUAGAAUUGAUAGAGUAUUUAAUUGCAAAUGUGAAAAAGAUCCAAGGUGACAGGAAAACGGUUUUUAAAGUUGGAAAAGGAUUGGUUAGUUGUCUUUCACCAAAGAUAUACAGACGGAAUAACAGGGUGUUCAUGGAUGAUACAGUGGUGAAAACUGUGAGCUACAGCGUCCUCCUUCUGGAAUAUGGACAGUACAUGGAUUAAAUAGGAUUUGUUUUAUUUGAAACUCUCAGGGACAGUAUUCAGCUGCAAAUAUUUAUAUGUCAUCUAUUGCAAAUUCUUCAUGACGCAUAAUUUAGAAAGGUGUGAAAUAUUUUUUUCGUUUUAUAGGAAUUGUCAUCAAACAUUUAAAAGAUGUGUGAUAGCAAGGAGUUUUAUGAAAUUCAGUCUGAAUUUGCCUCUUACUUUCUUUAAUAUGCAAUGUUUAAAAAUGAUUUUCAAUAGGGGUGAAAACAUAGUUAAACAAAACAUAUUUUGUUACUUGGAACGCCCUUUUCAAAAUAUUAUGAUGUAAAGGGUAACAGUUGGUAACACUUGGAAAAAUAUUGAAUAAACAAAUGUUUCUGUACCAGUUGAAAUAAUAGUCUGCAAUCACGUUUUCAAACAUUUGUGAUAUGUGUGUAGCCGUAAUUUUCCAAAAUGUUUUGAAUGAAAUCUGCGAAAAAUAUUCAAUAUAUAUUUUAGAAGCCUGAAUAGGUGAUGCUAUGACAGAUGUUGUAGACUAUAUGCUAGAGGACAGACUUGAAACUGUAACAUAUCUUAAUUAUUUUCUUUAAAAUUAUACUCAUAAUAAGGAAACACAAAUAAGUUGUACUCAUUUAAUGGAACAAGUAUCCAGGGACUCACGAAAAUGAUGUAAAAGGUUCAUUGCAUAGUUGUAAAAAAUGUCACUUGUAUAUUAUGUUAUUGAAAUGCUCAAAAUUCUCUUGCCCGUUGUAUAUAAUCUAUUAGCCAUCACUUAAAAUCAUCUACAUUUUUAGCUAAUCUGAGCACGAAGUGCUCGGUGUGAGCAAUUGUGAUCCAUUCACGGUCCAUUGUCUGUCCGUCCGGCAUUCUUCCGCACAUCCACACUUCUUCAAACAACAUCUCUUCUGUAACCGCUGGAAAGAAAUCAACGGCACUUAGCCUAUAUGUUCCUUGUGUACUCCUCUUUCCAAAUGUAUUUAAACGUUUCUACUAGGCUGCACAUAGGGGCCGCUGGAGCUAAAAGUAUAAAAAAAAAUCAUCUACUCCUAAACCUCUAUUCCGAUUUCAAACUAUUUUCAUAGGUCUUUAUUUGACCGUGCUUGCUCAAAUUGUUGUCAUUCGUCAGACAACAUGGUUGCCAGGGGGUAGGGGCUAAUCACGUUUCUCUAUAUGGAUGUAGUAGAAACUUUAAAAGCCUUUUGUCAUAAAUUGCUGGCUGAUUUUAAAACAAUUUCACACAAAUGGUAUUUGGAUGACUCUGUACCAACAUCAAUUUUUUCCAAUUCAUCAAAACACUUGGCCAGCAGAGGGCGUGGUCCUUUAUCGCUAUAAGUAUACAGUGAUUUUUUUUAAAUCUUGUUAGUAACUACUGGCUUAAUUUUAAAAUCCUUUCACCCAAAUAAUCCAUGGAUGACAUUCAAAAACAUGGCCGCCAAGGACUUGGUUACUUUUCCAUAUUUGUAUGCAGCAUAAACAUGCUCAAUUUAAAGAUAAUUUUCCGCAGGUGUUCCUUUGGUGACCAUGAUAAAAUGAUACAGUUCGUAAAAGAACCCACAAGAGCUAGAAAUAUGUUUGAUUUUAAAACAAUUUCACAGUUAUAUUGCUUUUAAUUAUCUUGUCAAUAUUUUUUUCAGUUUAUUCCGAUUUGUCAACAGACAUGGCCCUAUGGUGGGCGUUGGCUGUUUCCACUGAAUAUAUAUAUCGAAAAAUUUACAAAUUACUACUCAAAAACUACCCUCAAAUAUCUGCUUUCAUAGGCUGAUAUCUGAAUAAAUAUUAUGACACCAAUGCGGUGAAUCGUACUGUGUUGAAAUAAAAAAAAAUUGACUAAAUGACUUUUUGUUUUGCAUGAAUUUAUGCGUCAUUUUAUUCUCAAAUGCUCUUUUUGUGUUUUGUUUUAAUGUUAAAUAAAUACUUUUGUAACUA